GACUUCAAGUAAUUUAGUUUGUGCCGCAUAUGAUACAGUAAUAAAACAAAAAGUUGCUAUAAAAAAGUUAAGUAGACCUUUUCAAAAUGUAACUCAUGCAAAGAGAGCAUUCCGCGAGUUGAAAUUGAUGAAAAUUACAAACCAUAAAAAUAUUAUUGGGCUGCUUAAUGUAUUUACUCCUGACAAAAGCUUAGAAGAUUUCAUGGAUUUAUAUUUAGUCAUGGAACUAAUGGAUGCAAGUUUAUGUCAAGUUGUACAAAUGGAUCUUGAUCAUGAACGAUUAUCAUACUUACUGUAUCAGAUGUUAUGUGGAAUCAAGCAUCUUCAUUCAGCAGGUAUUAUACAUAGAGAUUUAAAACCAAGCAAUAUUGUAGUAAAGUCUGAUUGCAGUUUAAAAAUUUUAGAUUUUGGUCUUGCUAGAACGGCUGGUUCCGCAUUUACAAUGACCCCUUAUGUAGUUACAAGAUAUUAUAGAGCACCAGAAAUUAUAUUAGGAAUGGGAUACUCUGAAAACGUAGAUGUCUGGUCUAUAGGUUGUAUAUUCGGUGAAAUGAUUCGUGGAUCAGUAAUGUUCCCUGGAACAGAUCACAUUGAUCAAUGGAACAAAGUAACAGAACUUCUUUCGACUCCACCACAAUCUUUUUUUGAUCGUCUUCAACCAUCAGUACGUAUGUACUGUGCCAAUCGACCAAAGCAAAAGGGUUACACAAUAGACGAAUUAUUUCCAGAAGAUUUGUUUCCGGUGGGAAAUAAACAGAAAGUAAACCAAGCACGUGAUCUACUUCUAAAAAUGUUAGUUGUUGAUCCUAUGAAGCGUAUAACUAUAACCCAAGCACUGAAUCAUCCCUACGUUCAUGUUUGGUAUGAUGCUGAAGAAGUAGAAGCACCAGCGCCAAUGCAAUACGAUCAUAAAAUAGACGAAAUAGAUCAUACUGUUGAAGAGUGGAAAGCUCUAAUAUACAGUGAAGUAUUAUCAUAUCAACAUGAACAGCAACAGAAAGCAAAACAGGCAUCUUGUAUAAACGCCAGUUUAACCACUCGGUCAGUUGAAACGCCAUCGAAACAGAGUUGAUAAUUACUUUGAAACUUAGUUAACCUGGCGUUAGAACAUAAUGUUGAUAUUGUUGUUUAUUGCAAAUAUUUUAUAAAUUUCGAAGACAUUAAAAAACACAUAAAACUAUCAGCCGUUUUAAAAAAUUUUCUUGUUUGCUGGCAACAGAAUUUAGCUGAAGGAUAAUAGAAUAAUUGCUUUUUUUAUUUACCUGAGAUUUUAAGUUAUUUUUUUAUUAUUUUAAUCUGUAGGUUUUAAAGCCAACUUAAUUUGUUUUGCAUAAUAGUAUAUUUUUUUUGAUCAUAAAAAUUAUUGUAUUAGACAUUUUAACAUUUAAUUCGCCAACCUUUUUUUUUUUUUUUUGAUGUAUUUUUUUAAUGUCAUUUUAAUAAUUUUUUUUUUCAAUUACGACAUAGUCAUUAUUUAGUUUAGCUUUUAAGUAAUAAUUCCAUUCUAUGUGAUAUGUAAAUGUGAAUUUGUAAAAUGGAUGUUAAUAUGUUUAUUUUUGUAAUUUAUCGUGUCUUUUUUAUAAAAAAAAAACUGUAUUUACUUGAAAAGGAGAAACAAAUUUAUCUUGGUGUAUAAAAAAUAAUUUUUUUUCAUUAUUUUCAUUAAUUUUUACUUUUAAGUUUUACUUUAGACGCUGUUUCUCCUUUUACAACGAAUUAUUUCCUAUUUAUAUAUAGCUACGAAUAAAAAUAGAGAUUUUAUGUAUUGUAAACUGUUUAUUAAGUAAAUUUAUUUUGCAAACUAAA